GCAGUAUAACUGUCGAUUCCGAAUUUGCUGCCGGUGUAGUCAGGCGUCGCCGGCUUGUUUUUGAAAAAACCAGGGAAAAAUGUGUUAUAUCUUUAAAGGGGUGAUCAUAGUGAAUAUUUAUAUAGAAAAUUUAUAGUGUGGCUACAAUAUCUUCGGAGCAUAAUGAAAAAUGGAUAUGUACUUUGGAACGACUCUAGUCAUACUCUUAUUGAUAAAAAAUGGUAUUUCAACACCAGUGGUGGAGUACGAUAAAAUGUCUAAAUAUGAAGAAUAUAUUGUCGAACAUGAGAUUUCCAGCGGACAAGCUAGAAACAGUGUUUUAAGUAUAGACUUAAAAUCAAUCGUUAUUCCACCUGGCUGUCAGAAAUGUAACGAAGAAGAAAAGCGUUACUGUUUGGGAGCAGGUCUCAUACGUGAUCAUUGUUGUUGUGAUAAAAGGCACCAUGAAUUUUUUCCUUACAUACCACAUACUUGUUACUUGGGCCGUGAAUUAUGCUCUACGGUAGCAAGUGACUGUACAGAAUAUCACAGACUACGUACCUGUUGUUGUCAGCUCGUUGCGGCAGUGAAAUGGAAAACAAAAUCUGGAGCUGUAGAUGUUACCGGACCAAGGAUGAAAAUAGCUGCUUAUUUUUUAUUUGUUAUUUUAAAGAUGUAUUUUAUAUAAAAAUUAAACCAAAGACAUUCUCUAUAUAAGUGUAUAUAAGUUAAUAAAUAAAUUAUUAUUAUGUAAGUUUCA